AUUUUAGGCAAAGUCGUGCAUCUGUCAUAUGUGUGGUGCCCAUCUGAACAGACUCCAUUCUUGCCUGUACUGUGUCUUCUUUGGCUGUUUUACAAAGAAACAUAUUCACGAGCACGCAAAGGCAAAGCGACACAACUUAGCCAUAGACCUUUUGUAUGGGGGUAUAUACUGCUUUAUGUGUCAAGAUUACAUAUAUGACAAAGAUAUGGAACAAAUUGCCAAAGAAGAACAGCGGAAAGCUUGGAAACUACAAGCCUUCACCCCAACCAUGAUUUCUCACUACCAGUGUACAAUGACAGGUAUUGGAGAGAAGUAUUCAACGUGGGAGCCAACCAAACGAGAGUUAGAGCUGCUUCGACAUAACCCCAAGCGACGAAAAAUAACUACAAAUUGUACCAUAGGUCUCCGGGGGCUAAUUAAUCUUGGGAACACGUGUUUUAUGAACUGUAUUGUCCAAGCACUUACUCACACUCCGCUGCUGCGAGAUUUCUUCCUCUCCGACAGACACAAAUGUGAAAUGCAAAGCCCCAGCUCGUGUCUGGUCUGUGAAAU